AGCAGGGUCGAAGGUCAGAGCACAUUCUUUGGUCAGAGUAUGACGUUUAGCAGGACAAUUAAACAUGGAGUCCAUCUUUCAUGAGAAAGUAAGCUUGGCUGUUUUCUUUCGAUUAUUAAGUUCACCUUAUGUGCAUUCCGACCGUUUUAAAAUAACUAUGUUUGCUAGCUAGCUAAAUUGCACUAAUUUACAGCUCAAGUAUCUUGAGGGAUUUGCCUUCUUGCUAGCCAGCUUUAUAAAUUAUAGCUAGCUAGCUAGUUAGCUGAGUUAUCUUUUUGUCCCAGUUUCCAACUUGUCUCAACUUUUACUAGAGCUGGCUAGGUAACUUGAUAACGUUAAAUGUAAGUUAGCUAAUUACAAAAUGCGCCCUCAGUGCUUUGAACUGCUAUAAGUGUGUGAAUUAGCUAGCUAGUUACAUGGCCUAUUUAUAGCUAGCUAGCUAUAGUUUGCGUCGUUUCACUGGCGUAACUUCUGUAAAUUAGCUGGCUAGCUAGUUAAUAAACUAGCUAAGUUACCUAGUUAGUUAAUAAACUAGGUUACCUAUCUAGUUACAGUAGCUGCUGUUGACACAUGUUCUAUCAGUCUGUGGUACAAGUUUGAUUUAUUCAUUCAUUCUCAUUUACAGCAAGAGGGCUCCCUAUGUGCUCAGCAUUGCCUUAACAACCUUCUGCAAGGCGAGUAUUUCACACCCGUGGACCUAUCGUCUAUCGCCCAUCAACUGGAUGAAGAGGAAAGAAUGAGGAUGGCGGAGGGUGGUAUGGGGAGUGAGGAGUACAGAACCUUUUUACAGGUAUGGGAAGGGUCUGGGGUUUGUUAUACAGUAGUUGUUUAUUAGUAGCUGUUAGAAUGUUAAUGCUCUUUAUUUGUAUGUAUUUGCAGCAACCAUCUGGUAACAUGGAUGAUAGUGGUUUCUUUUCUAUACAAGUGAGUAACAAUUUAUUUUAAUUUCACCUUUAUUUAACCAGGUAAGCCAGUUGAGAACAAGUUCUCAUUUACAACUGCGACCUGGCCAAGAUAAAGCAAAGCAGUGCGAUAACAACAACAACACAGAGUUACAUAUGGGGUAAAACAAAACAAAGUCAAAAAUACAACAGAAAAUAUAUAUACAGUGUGUUCAAAUGUAGCAAGUUAUGGAGGUAAGGCAAUAAAUAGGCCAUAGUGCAAAAUAAUUACAAUUAGUAGUAACACUGGAAUGAUAGAUGUGCAAGAGAUUAUGUGCAAAUAGAGAUACUGGGGUGCAAAUGACCAAAAUAAAUAACAAUAUAGGGAUGAGGUAUGGGGGGGCAUGGGCAAGUUGCAGCGGAGGGUGCAGAGCUGGUGACCGGGGUAGUGGUAGCCAGGUGGAAAGCAUGGCCAGCCGUAGCAAAAUGCUUGUUGAAAUUCUCGAUUAUUGUAGAUUUAUCGGUGGUGAUAGUGUUUCCUUGCCUCAGUGCAGUGGGCAGCUGGGAGGAGGUGCUCUUAUUCUCCAUGGACUUUAGUGUCCCAAAACUUUUUGGAGUUAGUGCUACAGGAUGCACAUUUCUGUUUGAAAAAGCUAGCCUUUGCUUGUGUAUAUUGGUUCCUAACUUCCCUGAAAAGUUGCAUAUCGCGGGGGUUAUUCGAUGCUAAUGCAGUACACCACAGGAUGUUUUUGUGCUGGUCAAGGGCAGUCAUGUCUGAGGAGAACCAGGGGCUAUAUCUGUUCUUAGUUCUGAAUAAUUUGAAUGGGGCAUGCUUAUUUAAGAUUGAGAGGAAAGCACUUUUAAAGAACAACCAGGCAUCCUCUACUGACGGAAUGAGAUCGAUAUCCAUCCAGGAUACCUGGGCCAGGUCAAUUAGGAAGGCCUGCUCGCUAAAGUGUUUUAGGGAGCGUUUGACAGUGAUGAGGGGUGGUCGUUUGACCGCGGACCCGUUACGGACGCAGGCAAUAAGGCAGUGAUCACUGAGAUCCUGGUUGAAGACAGCAGAGGUGUAUUUAGAGGGUAAGUUAGUCAGGAUGAUAUCUAUAAGGGUGCCCAUGUUUACGGAUUUAGGGUUGUACCUGGUAGGUUCCUUGACAAUUUGUGUGAGAUUGAGGGCAUCUAGUUUGGAUUGUAGGAUGGUCGGGGUGUUAAGCAUAUCCCAGUUUAGGUCACCAAGCAGUACGAACUCUGAGGAUAGAUGGGGGGCAACAAUUCACAUAUGGUGUCCAGGGCACAGCUGGGGGCUGAGGGGGGUCUGUAGCAAGCGGCAACAGUGAGAGACUUAUUUCUGGAAAGUUUGAUUUUUAGAAGUAGGAGCUCAAACUGUUUGGGCACAGACCUGGAUAGUAUGAUAGAGCUCUACAGUAGAUUGCAACUCCACCCCCUUUGGCAGUUCUAUCUAGAUGGAAAAUGUUGUAGUUGGGGAUGGAAAUGUCUGAAUUUUUGGUGGCCUUCCUAAGCCAGGAUUCAGACACUGCAAGAACAUCAGGGUUGGCGGAGUGUGCUAACGCAGUGAAUAACUCAAACUUAGGAAGUAGACUUCUGAUAUUAACAUGCAAAAAACAAUGCUUUUACGGUUACAGAAGUCAACAAAUGAUAGCUCCUGGGGAGUAGGAGUGAUACUGGGGGCUGCAGGGCCUGGGUUAACCUCUACAUCACCAGAGGAACAGAGGAGGACUAGAAUAAGGAUAUGGCUAAAGGCUUUAAGAACUGGUCUUCUAGUGCGUUGGGUACAGAGAAUAAAGGGGGCAGAUUUCCGGGUGUUGUAGAAUAGAUUCAGGGCAUUAUGUGCAGACAAGGAUAUGGAAGGAUAUGAGUACAGUGGAGGUAAACCUAAGCGUUGGGUAACAAUGAAAGAGAGAGCAUCACUGGAGGCACCGAUUGAGCCGGUCUCCGUGUGUAUGGGGGGUGGAACAAAGGAACUAUUUGAGGCAGUUUGAGAGGGACUUGGGGCUCUACAGUGAAAUUGUAUAAUAAGAACUAACUGGAACAGCAAUAGGCAAGGCAUAUUGACAUGGGAGAGAGGCAUAAAGCAAUCACAGGUGUUAUUCGAGAGCGCUAAGACAACAACUGGUAAUGGCGAUGAAAGUUUGGGUUGAGGCUAAACAGAUAAACAGGACAGGGUACUGUGUAAAGGAACAGUCCAGCAGGCAUCAGCUGUGCAGCUGAGUGAUCAUAGGGUCCAGUGAACAGCAAUAUGUGAGUCCGAGAGCAGUUCGAAUUGGUGCUACAGCACAGGCUAGCAGGAAGCACGGCUGUUGUUUGCGUGUGCUAGCGGGCCGGGGCUAGCAGAUGGAUCUUCGUGGUCAUCGCAACAGGAAGCCUGUUGAAACCACAGACGAUUACGUCAGCAGACCAGUCGUGAUGGAUCGGCGGGGCUCCGUGUCGACUCUAGGAGGUCUCGUCCGAUUGACAGAGAGGUAGAUGGGCCUGACUCGAGGCUAGCUCAAGGCUGAUUAGCCAACAACAACAUCCAUUUGGUUGCAGCUAGCUAGUUGCGAUGAUCCGGUGUUAAAGGUCCACUGAUUCAGUGAUUCCGACAGAAAAACUGAUAUGUUCUGGGUCGAUAAUGCGCUGUGCAGACAGUGCAGACUGGCCGAUAAUAGUCCAGGCUAGAGCUGGCUGGUAGGUAGUGCAGGCCACGGACAAUGGUGAAAAACCGCUAACGGUGGCUAAUAGCAAGUAGCUAGUUAGCUGGCUACUCCCGUCCGGUAGACAGAGAGGUAGAUAGCCGGGAUAUGAGCCUGGCUCGAGGCUAGCUCAAGGCUAACUGAUGCUUGCUUCGGGGGCAGUGGUGAUUAGCCAACAGCAACAUCCAUUCGUUGGCAGCUAGCUAGUUGCGAUCCAGUGUUAUUGUCCAGUGAUUCAGUUAUAACGGCAGAAAAUCCGAUGUUCUGGGUGAAAACCGCUAACGGUGGCUAAUAGCAAGUAGCUAGUUAGCUGGCUAGCUAGUUUCAACUGGAGAUUCUAGAUAAAAGGUAAGUAAAUAAUAGAAUCCGUUCCACAUUGAGUGAGGCGGGUUGCAGGAAAGUAUAUUUAGUAGAAGGAUGAAAAGUGUGAUAGGGAAAUAUGUACGAAAAACAGGCUAUUUACACGGACACACACAGAGUACACGACCGCACUGCUACGCCAUCUUGGUUCAGAUGGCGAACUGUCAUGCAUUAUAAGGUGAAAUAAAUGAAAUAAUGUAUUGUGAUCCUCAUGAUAACACUGUGUGUGUGUGUAUAUACACGCACACACUACCGGUCAAGUUUUAGAACGCCUACUCAUUCAAGGGUUUUUCUUUACUUUUACUAUUUUCUACAUUGUAGAAUAGUAGUGAAGACAUCAAAACUAUGAAAUAACACAUAUAGUAACCAAAAAAGUGUUAAACAAAUCAAAAUACAUUUUAUAUUUGAGAUUCUUCAAAUAGCCAACCUUCUCCUUGAUUACAGCUUUGCACACUCUUGGCAUUCUCUCAACCAGCUUCACCUGGAAUGCUUUUCCAAAAGUCUUGAAGGAGUUCCCACAUAUGCUGAGCACUUGUUGGCUGCUUUUCCUUCACUCUGCGGUCUGACUCAUCCCAAACUAUCUCAAUUUGGUUGUGGAGGCCAGGUCAUCUGAUGCAGCACUCCAUCACUCUCCUUCUUGGUAAAAUAGUCCUUACACAGCCUGGAGGUGUGUUGGGUCACUGUCCUGUUGAAACAAAUUAUAGUCCCACUAAGCCCAAACCAGAUGGGAUGGCGUAUCGCUGCAGAAUGCUGUGGUAGCCAUGCUGGUUAAGUGUGCCUUGAAUUCUAAAUAAAUCACAGACAGUGUCACCAGCAAAGCACCCCCACACCAUAAUACCACCUCCUCCAUGCUUUACAGUGGGAAAUACACAUGCAGAGAUCAUCCGUUCACCCACACCGCGUCUCACAAAGACACAGCAGUUGGAACCAAAAAUCUCCAAUUUGGACUCCAGACCAAAGGACACAUUUCCACUGGUCUAAUGUCCAUUGCUCGUGUUUCUUGGCGCAAGCAAGUCUCUUCUUCUUAUUGGUGUCCUUAAGUAGUGGUUUCUUUGCAUCAAUUCGACCAUGAAGGCCUGAUUCACACAGUCUCCUCUGAACAGUUGAUGUUGAGAUGUGUCUGUUACUUGAACUCUGUGAAGCAAUUUCUGAGGCUGGUAACUCUAAUGAACUUAUCCUCUACAGCAGAGGUAACUCUGGGUCUUCCAUUCCUGUGACGGUCCUCAUGAGAGCCAGUUUCAUCAUAGCGCUUGAUGUUUUUUGCGACUGCACUUGAAGAAACUUCAAAAGUUCUUGAAAAUGUCCGUAUUGACUGACCUUCGUGUGUGUGUGUAUAUAUAUAAAAAUCGCACUCUAAAUAUGCUCCCAACAAUUUAAUGGGUAAAUCUAACCAACGUUUCGGCACGCAGUGCCUUCUUCAGGGUUACAUAAUGAAUGCUUGAACCAGGUUAGUGCAAUUAGUGCAACAAAUCAAAUCUUAUUUGUCACAUGCGCCAAAUACAAUAGGGGUAUAUCUUACCGUGAAAUGCUUACUUACAAGCCCUUAACCAACAAUGCAGUUCAAGAAAUGGAGUUAAGAAAAUAUUUACUAAAUAAACUAAAGUAAAAAAUUAAAAGUAACACAAUAAAAUAACAAUAAUGAGGCUAUAUACUGGGGGUACCGGUACCAAGUCAAUGUGUGGGGGUACGGGUUAGACGAGGUAGUUUGUACAUGUAGGUAGGGGUAAAGUGACUAUGCAUACAUAAUAAACAGCGUGUAGCAGCAGUGUAAAAACAGUGCAAUGUAAAUAGUCCAGGUGGCCAUUUGAUUAAUUGUUCAGCAGUCUUAUGGCUUGGGGGUAGAAGCUGUUAAGGAGCCUUUUGGACCUAGACUUGGCGCUCCGGUACCGCUUGCCGUGCGAUAACAGAGAGAACAGACUAUGACUUAGGUGACUGGAGUCUUUGACUAGUUUUUGGCCCUUCCUCUGACACCGCCUAGUAUAUAGGUCCUGGAUGGCAGGAAGCUUGGCCCCAGUGAUGUACCGGGCCAUACGCACUACCCUCUGUAGUGCCUUACGCUCAGAUGCCGAGCAGUUGCCAUACCAGUCAGUGAUGACACCGGUCAGGAUGCUCUUGAUGGUGCAGCUGUAAAACUUUUUGAGGAUCUGGGGACCAAUGCCAAAUCUUUUCAGUCUCCUGAGGGGGAAAAGGUGUUGUCAUGCCCUCUUCACGACUUUCUUGGUGUGUUUGGACCAUGGUAGUUUGUUGGUGAUGUGGAAACCAAGGAACUUGAAACGCUCAACCUGCUCCACUACAUCCCUGUCAAUGUGAAUGGGGGCGUGUUUGGCCUUCCUUUUCCUGUAAUCCACGAUCAGCUCCUUUGUCUUGCUCACGUUGAGGGAGAGGUUGUUAUCCUGGCACCACACUGCCGGGUCUCUGACCUCCUCCCAAUGAACAUUGUGAGGGGUGUGUCAUAGUAAUUGGGGUAGUGAGGGAUGGAAAAUAAAAAAUGAACUGUUAAAAAAACAGUUUACAAUAUGUCAAGAUUACCUCAUAACACUGACAACUCUAUUCUGUGAUGUCUCCAUUAGGUUAUCAGCAAUGCAUUAUCAGUGUGGGGUUUGGAGCUGAUCCUCUUCAACAGCCGGGAGUACCAGAGCCUUAUGAUAAACCCAAUGUAAGAACCAUGUGGAUGUGAUACAAAUCUUCAUAAUCUGUGUAUGAUGUUGUUUUGUUUUCUACCUUGAAAUUUCACUUUUCACACAUUUUUCAUAUGGUCUAUCUAUAUCUUCUUGGCACAUCCCUUAAAAUUUGAAAUAAUGUCCUCUCCUGUUUCAGAAAUGAAAAGGCAUUCAUAUGCAACUACAAGGAGCACUGGUUUACAAUACGAAAACUUGGGCAACAGGUAUAAGUUGAGAUUUUACUAUUUAUAAUGAUUUCCCUUCAGACAUUUUGGCCCAGUUGAUAUAGCCUGCUGAUUUAACCCUAUUUGUCAAUGCAGUGGUUUAAUUUGAAUUCAUUGUUGACUGGACCAGAGCUGAUAUCAGACACAUACCUAGCCCUCUUCCUUGCACAGUUACAACAAGAAGGUAAAACAACCUGACAUAUGUGAUUCUUUUAUUUGAUUGUUUACCUUUUUGUGCUGUUGAUUUCUCAGAGUUAGCUAGUUGGUCAAAGGCCUGUCUUCUUGCAGGGUAUUCCAUAUUUGUGAUCCGAGGAAAUCUCCCGGAGUGUGACGCAGAGCAGAUUCUGGGGAUCAUGAAGGUGCAGCAGCAACAGAGACCCAAGCUGAUUGGAGAGGACGAGGCUCAGUCGAGUAGUGGCAUGGGGUAAGAGGAAGAUGCCUACAGAGAGAGAGUAGGUUUCGCCAAACCACAAAUUACCACCAUUCCCUCAUACUGUCAGAUUCAUGUAUCAUCUUGAACUUAAACCUCUAGAGUUAUUUGUAGUUGGUAAGGGGAGAGAAUUAACCCCUAUGAUGAAUCCCUUUGUGACACUGACAAUGCUUUUCACUCUGAGCAGCAGAUCAUCAGGGCAGGGUAGUGUGCUGGAGACAGGCCCUGGUGUGGUAGAGGGGGUGGUGGAUGAGGAUGAGGAGGAGCUGAGGAAGGCCCUGGCCCUGAGUAGACAGGGCAUGGAGGUGGAGGAUGAAGAGGCUGACCUUCGCAGGGCCAUACAGCUCAGCAUGCAGGGUAAGGCUUUAUUGGGUAAGCAACAGUAAUAAAAUCACACAUCACACACAACCGCUUUAUGAUACAUAUCCUGGUUUAGACCUGUGUAUAUAAACAGACUGCUAACAUAUUCAUUAUGCAAUUUGCACCAUGUAUGGCAAUGUGAUAAAAGUAUCCCCAAACUAACACUAAAAUUAGUAAUUUGUCUGUCUCUGCCUAGGGGCAGUAAUGAGCAAUACGUCAAAGCCAAAAGGGGGACUUGUUGCUAAAACGACAUCGUCCGGCCAGGCACCAGGGAGUACUACAGGAGGAGCACCUCCGAGUGAGAAACUCUCAGCUGAGGAACUGCGAAGGAGGAGACAAGCCUACUUUGACAGGUAAGCGCUGCACCAUCUGGAAUAUUCUUCUUCUGUGCGUGUUCAUGCGUGCAUGGCUGUGUGUUUGUGUGGUUACAAAAAAAUAACCAGACUAGACAACGCUAACCUGUAGAUCCACUGUUUACCAUACAGACAGUCCCAACAGCUGGCUCAGCCCACUUCACCUCAGCAACCAACAGAAAGCACAGGUAAGGGGGAAAUUAGCUCAUACAGUAAUACUUGCAUUGCUGAAUAAUAAUAGGUUGAGAUUCAAAGAGCAUUCUCCCUUCCCUCACCUUUUCCAGGAUCUGGGAAGAGUGGCAAAGAGGAGGAUGCACAAGCCAAAUGCAGCCAGUGAGGUGGAGGGCGCUCCAGCAAAAGCCUACGUUGACUACUACCUGCCUCGACUGGUACCCCCAUCAUGGGGCAGCCUCACCCCCUCCUCUAACCCUUCCCAUAAGCGAAGGUAUAGCCGGCCAGAAGGCUGACACGCCUCCCUUGGCUAGUUCACUGACAGGUUGUAGAGAAGAGAAUAACAACAAACAAUAAAGAAAAGGUGCUAGUCUACUCUAACACAGAAGUGACGCUGAGGCCGGGAAGAGGGACGAUAAAUAAUUAAAAUGCAGUUAUUCCAAGUCUGUGAUGGCUUUUCUACCACAGCGCCUUCUAUUUCUAAUUUUUGUGGUUUGUUUUUUAUUCCUACGCUUGUUGUUUUCCACUGGGAGGGGUCUUAAUGGAGCCUACCGUGCCGAGGUGUGUUUGGUGGUGUGAGGGGUUGGAUGGGCAAAAUGGUGAGGUGUGUUACCAGAGAGGAAAUCAAGAAUUACAUAGGAUAAUCCUCUAGCCUUCAGUAUGGGAGUGCUACAUGGAACCACUAGUUCAAUAGAGGUAGAGGUUUGAUAGAGACCAUGAUAGUCUCUUGCCUUCUUUCACUUGGGUCUUGUAAGAGGUCACCAUUCCCCCCCCCAAAAAAAAAAAUCAUAAAAUAAUAGAUUUAUAUUUAGUAGUGAGGUGAAUUCAUUUUUUGCUGUAUUACUGCAUCAUCAAAAUAAACAUAUUAAUAAACCAGCAUUUUACAGGCCUGAUCCGACUUGCCCUAGCGACUUAAUUAACCACCACCCUGGUUCUAAAUUCCUUAGUCAUACAUUUUUUUUAAAUUGUAUUUGGUCUUUUUGAAGUAGUAUAGACAAACACUUUUAAUACAGUGAUAAAAUGAUCAAGGGUGUUUACAAUUAUCGUAUUUACAUGGAAUUUUCCGGUUUGGAUGCACCAAAUCCCUCUACAUCCCAUGUAGAGUUUGAGCUGUGCUCAAGUUGACUUCUCUGGUAAUUCCCUGAUUUCAUUCCCUUUUUCUUGAAAUUGUUCUUUUUUUAUUCGAGAACAAUUUGAACUAGAGUUGCGGUGCCACAAUGCUUUUAGGUUUUUUAAUGAUUGCAUCAUUUUCACUUCUUGACAUUCUUCAAUAGGCACUAAACAAUCUGUUUCUUAUACUCCACAACACAAUUUUAUUACAUCAUUCUCUUUCAUUUGCUGUAUCUAAAACUUUUCUUUCCAGGAAUAAAAUGAUAUUUGCUCCAACUGAAGUCUUCAGGAAUCUUGCUUCAUUGAUCUAUAACCAUGGCUGAAUUGUUUAAUUAAAUCCUUAUCCUAAAUUGUUUAAGUUUAAUAAUUUCCACCUUUCAAAGUGGGUACAUGAAUUGUCAGUACCAAAUUUACUUUCAUUUGGAAAUAAACUAAAAUAAGACUUUACCAGUUUGAGUAAACCUAACCCAUGGUUAAUAGUUAACCCUAAAGGCACACUUGCACUUUGUAUCCCCAAAUAGUAGAUGGAAGGUUUUGACAAAAUACCUUGCUGAUACCCAAGCUGAAAGGUAGGUCUGUUUUUGAGAAGUAUGCAACUAUUUGUAAGAAUAAAUCACAUUUUUAUUUGUCACAUGCGCCGAAUACAACCGGUGUAGACCUUACAGUGAAAUGCUUACUUACAAGCCCUUAACCAACAAUGCAGUUUUAAGAAAGAAUACCAAAAGAAAUCACAAAAAAAUACAAUAUGAAAUAAAAGUAACAAAUAAUAUAUGUAUAUACAGUAUUAUAUAAGAUAUACAGUGUUGCUUUCAUUGUUGACAUGUGAUAAUCUUACUUAUUUGGAGUUGUGAUGUUGAAGUCCCCCAAAUAGCUAACCAAAUUAGCUGACAAUCGUUCUGAAAUUACUAAAUUGAAAGUUUUUCAUUUUUCUGUCUGUGUACUUUUUGUAUGCGCUCUGAUACAAUGCAUUGAUUUAAGUCAUUGAUCACAUAACCAAUCUCUUGCCAUUUGUCCAGAAGACUUGUAAACAUGACAUACUGUAAAGUCCAAAAGUAUUUGAACAGUGACACAUUUGUUGUUGUUUUGGCUCUGUACUCCAGCAUUUAAGACUAUGAGGUUAAAGUGCAGACUGUCAGCUUUAAUUUGAGGGUAUUUUCAUCCAUAUUGGGUGAACCGUUUAGAAAUUACAGCACUUUUUGUACAUAGUCCCCCCAUUUUAGGGAACCAAAAGUAUUUGGACAAAUUGUGUAUUAAAGUAGUCAAAGGUUUAGUAUUUGGUUCCAUAUUCCUAGCACGCAAUGACUACAUCAAGUUUGUGACUACAAACUUGUUGGAUGCAUUUGCAGUGUGUUUUGGUUGUGUUUCAGAUUAUUUUGUGCCCAAUGGAAAUUAAUGGUAAAUAAUAUGUCAUUUUAGAGUCAAUUCUAUUGUAAAUAAGAAUAUAAUAUGUUUCUGAACACUUAAUCCUGAAAUAAUUGUGAAUAAUGAUGAGUGAGAAAGUUACAGAGGCACAAAGAUCCUAUCCCCAAGACAUGCUAACCUCUCACCAUUAUCAGUAGGGCUUCUGUCACUCAACGUUAUUCACGAUUCAUUCAUGAUUAUCUGUAAUCACGGUAGCAUCCACAUUAAAGUAGAAGUGUUUAUAAACAUAUUCUAUUCUUAUUUACAAUGAAAGUGACUCCAAAAUGACAAUACAUUCGAGCCACCCUUGUUUCUAGGACACCAUACACAAAAUUAAUAAUUUGGCCAAAUAUUUAGGAAGAGGUCAUUUUAUGGAGUCUGUGGAAGAAAGCAAGUUAGGUAAAAAGUUAGGUAAUUCAAAUACAUUUCAUGAUGCUGGUAUCUAAACCAAAGUAGAUCAUUUUAAGAUUGUUCUAUACAUCAGUUGGGGUCUCUAUAAGCUUCAAUAUGAGGUCCUAAACCUAGCAUGAAAGUGCAUCCUUGAAGCUGUGGGCUAAUACAGUGAGGGAAAAAAAGUAUUUGAUCCCCUGCUGAUUUUGUACGUUUGCCCAUUGACAAAGAAAUGAUCAGUCUAUAAUUUUAAUGGUAGGUUUAUUUGAAUAGUGAGAGACAGAAUAACAACAACAAAAUCCAGAAAUCCAGGUGUCUUUUAUACAGGUGACGAGCUGAGAUUAGGAGCACGCUCAUAAAGGGAGUGCUCCUAAUCUCAGUUUGUUACCUGUAUAAAAGACACCUGUCCACAGAAGCAAUCAAUCAAUCAGAUUCCAAACUCUCCACCAUGGCCAAGACCAAAGAGCUCUCCAAGGAUGUCAGGGACAAGAUUGUAGACCUACACAAGGCUGGAAUGGGCUACAAGACCAUCGCCAAGCAGCUUGGUGAGAAGGUGACAAUAGUUGGCGUGAUUAUUCGAAAAUGGGAGAAACACAAAAUAACUGUCAGUCUCCCUCAGCCUGGGGCUCCAUGCAAGAUCUCACCUCGUGGAGUUGCAAUGAUCAUGAGAACGGUGAGGAAUCAGCCCAGAACUACACGGGAGGAUCUUGUCAAUGAUCUCAAGGCAGCUGGGACCAUAGUCACCAAGAAAGCAAUUGGUAACACACUACGCCGUGAAGGACUGAAAUCCUGCAGCGCCCGCAAGGUCCCCCUGCUCAAGAACGCACAUAUACAGGCCCGUCUGAAGUUUGCCAAUGAACAUCUGAAUGAUUCAGAGGAGAACUGGGUGAAAGUGUUGUGGUCAGAUGAGACCUGAGAUGUGUGCAAACCUGGUGGCCAACUACAAGAAACGUCUGACCUCUGUGAUUGCCAACAAGGGUUUUGCCACCAAGUACUAAGGCAUGUUUUGCAGAGGGGUCAAAUACUUAUUUCCCUCAUUAAAAUGCAAAUCAAUUUGUAACAUUUUUGACAUGCGUUUUUCUGGAUUUUUGUUGUUGUUAUUCUGUCUCUCACUGUUCAAAUAAACCUACCAUUAAAAUUAUAGACUGAUAAUUAAUUUGUCAGUGGGCAAACAUACAAAAUCAGCAGGGGAUCAAAUACAUGUUUACAUGAAUUCUGAUUAUUUCAAGGGAUACAAAACAUCCUGAAAUAUAUGUAAAUAUAUUUGUUAUAAAGAAUACUAUAUAUAUAUAUAUAUAUAUAUAUAUAUAUAUAUAUAUGCUAUAUUUCCCUUAAUGGGGUGAUGCUGAAUGUUAAACAAGGCUCAACUUACCCCACUCGCCCUUAUUUACCAUUCAUUUCUAUUGGGCACAAAAUAAUCUGAAACACAACCAAAACAAACUGCAAAUGCAUCCAACAAGUUUGUAGAGUCAAAAUCUUGAUGAUGUCAUUGUGCGCUAGGAAUAUGAGACCAAAUACUACAUCUUUGAUUACUUUAAUACACAUUGUUCAAAUACGUUUGGUUCCCUAAAAUGGGGGGACAAUGUACAAAAAGUGCUGUAAUUUCUAAAUGGUUCAUUCAUAUCAUUUCAAUGUGCUGGAGUACAGAGCAAAAAAAAAUGUCACAGUCCUAAUACUUUUGGACCUCACUGUAAAUACUAUUGCAGGUUGGGAUCGCAUAACUCACCAAAGAACUAUGAUGAUGAAGGUGGGACUCCUUUUCCUCCUGACCCAUGUCUGCACCCUCACCCCUGUCUACCAAACUCAAGAGCAGAGCCCCAACAUCACAGACCUGACCUUCAAGAACAUGGACUUUGCCAUGAAUCUCUACAGGAAGAUUGCUGGUUACCAUGAUAAUAACAUAUUUUUCUCACCCCUGAGCAUAUCCACAGCUUUUGCUACCCUCUCCAUGGCAGCACAGGGUCCCACACGAGACCAGAUACUGAAGGGGCUCAACCUGGCCUACCUAGAUCGGGACAACCAGCCAGACAUAAUUCCAGAGCUCUUCCAACACCUCCAAGGGAACAUCACACAAGAUGAAUCAUUGAAACUGGACCAGAGCACUGCCUUCUUUGUUUGCCUAAAGUGUGAGGUAGAGAGUGACUACCUUGACCAGAUCAAGAAAUUCUUCAACGCUGAUAUAAAAAAUGUGGAAUUUGCAAAUACAAAAGCUAGCGUUGGCAUGAUCAAUGAUUACAUAAUGAGAAAGACUGAUAACAAAGUCAAGGAGAUGGUCUCUGACUUGGAUCCACUUACCCAACUUAUCCUCAUCAACACCAUUUUCUUUCAGGGUGAGCAGCUAUGUCAUGCAUUCUCUGAUUUGAGCAGUUCCACUGUAUAACUUAAUUUUUUUUACAUUUGACUUGUUUACGUUUAGUUUUCACUUGUGUCUACCAUAAUUGCGUCCCAUCAGUAUAUCUUAUUUCAAGAUGUUGUGUUUUAAUACAUUUCACUUUCAAAGUUAAAUUACAUUGCCUAAAAUGCAACAAUAACACUUCCCACUGGGCAAAAACUGGUUGAAUCAAUGUUGUUUCCAUGUAAUAAAAAAUAAAAAGCAAUGUGAUGACGGUGAAUCAACGUGGAAAACUGAUUGGAUUUCGAAAAAGGCCCUUUUUUAAAACUUAAAUCUAUUGGCAUGGUGAAUUUUUUUGUUGAUUUCACAUUGAAUUCACGUUAGUUGACAACUCAACCAAAUGUAAAUCAAAACUAGACAUUGAACUGACGUCUGUGCCCAGUGCGUUUUGCUUUCCAAUAAAUAUGCUUUGUCAUAUUUGGAACUUAGGUGAAUGGCAGAUGCCCUUCAACCCCAAUCACACAGAAAUUCAACGCUUCUAUAUUGACAACUACAACAUUGUCCAGGUGCCUAUGAUGUUUAGAAUGGAGGAUAAGUUCUACACAAUGGAAGACUUUCCCCUGAAUGCCAAGGUGCUGAAGCUGCCAUACCGAAAUGGUGUUUCAAUGCUUAUCCUGCUACCCAACAAAGGCCUGGAUUAUACCACAAUAGAUGACGAAAUCACAGCUGAGAGAUUCCUCAGAUGGAUUAAAAACCUGAAAGAAAGGUAAAUAGAAAGUAUAUUUUGUGACGAAACACUGCAAAAUUCCAUAGGUUUUCUAAGAGGUGUUUUGUAUUGAAUACCAGUUCUUCUAUGUAUGAAAGUUCCUUUUUUUUAAAGGAAACUAGAAGUUCAACUGCCCAAGUUCAAGAUGGAGCAAUCCUACGCCAUGCACAAAAUCCUACCAGAUUUGGGUAUAUCCAGAAUCUUCCAUGACACCGCUAACCUCACUAAAUUGAGCAAAGACCCAGGCCUGAAGGUGUCAGAGGUCAGUUCUUGGAUUAACAAACCAAAAUUGCCUUAACCAAUUUCCAUCUGUAUCAAUUGAGAAAUUUGCAAUUGUAUUACUCACAAUAACAAAUAACAUUAUUGCAAUAAUAAUGUGGUUACAGGUGUUGCACAAGGCAGUGAUCGAGGUGGAUGAGAGAGGCACCACUGCAGCCGCUGCCACAGACAGCGGCAUUAUUGGAUACGCCUUACCCUCUUCCUUCAUCGUCAACCGACCCUUCUUCUUUUUUAUCUACCAUGAGGUCACUAACAGCUUGUUGUUCAUGGGCCGAGUGAUUGACCCCACCAAAAACGGAGUCUAAUGAAUACAGUGCAUUUGGUGCGUGGAGAGGUGUUACAUGUAAUAUGUUUCAUUUGUAUGUAUUAAAGGUGAACAGAUAUUCAUUCAACUGGUUUGGUGAUCUUCCUGAUACAGACUAACAGUAACAGUAACAUUUCAAUCCUGAGUCCUUGGAUUAAAGGCAUGAAUCACAUAUUAUCCUAAAAUUAAGCAAAUAUGACCAACAUUCCAUAACUCAAACUCACAUUCCAGCAAGAAUCUCUGCUCA